CAUAACUCACGCACCAUGGUCUUGUCAUACAGCGCAGCUGCCAAGCCAGCAUCCAGUGAGACCGGAAUCUUGUCCACAAGCAAUUCUAUACAGGAUGGCACAGCCGCCGAUCAGCCCGUCGCUUCGAGCUCGAAGGCCAGGUCGAGCGCACCCGUCAAGCACUUGAUCCUCGAUGCUGGUCCUCUGUUGUCCAUGACGCCUCUGCGGCACCUUGCCGAGACGUUCCACACGACACCCAUGGUUGUGGCGGAGCUUCGGGAUCCCAAAGCUAGGGAAUACUGGGAGAGAUUAGGCUUGACUGGUAUAGACGUUAAAGUCGAAUCGCCAUCAGCCGAGGCAAUGGCAGAGGUGGUAGCAUUCGCACGCAAGACUGGUGAUUAUGCUGUCUUGUCAAAGACGGAUCUGUCGGUCGUGGCUCUGACCUGGCAAUACGAGGUGUUGGAGAAUGGUAAGGAGGGAAUAAGGAAAGAACCUGGUCAGAAGUUGGCGAGGCCGGAUGGUCCACAUGGGCUAGCGGAGAGCGAGAACAAGCAGGACGAGCCAAAUACUGGGGGAGAUGAUGGCUCAGACUCUGACGGAAGCCAACACGGCGAAGAGGAUGUCGUCGUGGCUCCGCCGGAGGAUGGCGAGGUGAAUGCGGCAUCCAAGUCGAUCGAGCAUAUACUCCUGGACGACGACAAGGCAGACGGUGCCAGCUCGGACCACUCUCAUCAAGAAGCAGAUGCACGUGUGACGCCCUCAGCCGAAUCGCCUCCACCUGAUCAAUCCCAAUCAAACGAGGCCGAAGACAGCGAGUCUGACGGCGGUGAAUGGAUCACCUCGAGCAAUCUCAGCAAGCACCGUAAUCGCGAUCUUGGGCUCCUGCCUGAUCAACCAGGAAAGGCACCGAGCGAAGUUCAGCAAAUCGCCGCAGCAUGCAUGACCGGAGACUUUGCCGUGCAGAAUGUCCUGCUCGGAAUUGGGUUAGGCCUGGUGGGAGAGGGCGGCAAACGUAUCUCGAAAGUCAAGAGCUGGAUCCUGAGAUGUCACGCGUGUUUCAAACUCUGUAAAGACCCAAGUAAACGAUUCUGCCCUUCAUGCGGUAACGCGACAUUGCUCCGAACCACCGUCACAACUUCUGCCUCGACGGGAAAACAACAUAUUCACCUGAAAAAGAAUUUCCAAUACCAUCUCAAGGGAUCAAAAUAUACCAUACCCGAUGCUAAACCCGGUCGGGCGAAGGGGCAGCAAAAAGGAGGAACAGGCCUGAUCUUGCGAGAAGACCAGAUUGAAUGGCAAAAUGCAGUGAAGAGUGCGGACAUUCAACGGCAGAAGGAAGAAAAACGUUUAGCGAAGGGUGGUCUGGACGGUUGGAAUGAUCCUGAUUGGCUCCCGCCGAUGAUUACCGUUGGUAUGUCAGGAAAAGGCAGAAGCGAUGGUCAACAUAUGCCUGCGAUCGGGCAUGGUCGGAAGAACCCGAACCACAGCAGGAGAAAGCGUUGAGAAUCGUCAUGACAUGUCACGUUUUAGCCUUGACCCGUUAUUGAUCGUGCUUGACCGCUGAUGAGGCACACGAGACGCUUACUGAAUUAUCUCAUCUCCCGCCGCGAUGCGCCCAUCGAGACGCGGUACCGCCGUCAAGAUGGGCGUCAAGGCAUGCUCAUGCAUGCAAAGGCGCACAGCGAUACCACUCUUUGCUCGGUCCGACUGGAUCACAGGCAGGGAGGCAUCAUCAAGGACUUGUCGCGCUUUGAGGUCCACUGCGCGGCGAGUAGUAUAAAUUGCAAACAGGAUCCGCCAAAAAAUGUCGAUAAUGCUCGCAUGCAACGGUUAUCAAC